AAUGGACCAAUCAUUCAACCCCGUCACUGGCCAAUUUGAGCCCCAGCACCUCAAGGUCCGUCUCCAGUCCUUACAGAAAAUCUGUCUACAGGCCAUAGGCAGGGCUGUUACCAUUCUCCGAUACCCACAUGUGAAAUGCCUUCCUCUCCCUCCCAAACUUCUGGAGGCAGUGCAGUCCCUAGAGAUGGCAGACUUUUACAUUGACCCUGAGCACCUGCGUAGCAGCCACCAUCUUAGCCAUUCCUACCCAGCCACAUGUACCCUGGAUAACCAGCCUGUGACACUGAAGGUCACAACCAGAGGAACAACUUUACCAGAGUCUGACCCAUCCUACAUCACAACAUUUAACAGCUCUGACAAAAAUGUUCACGUUUUCCGUCGGAAAACCAGCCUAAGGGAGAUCAUCAACAAGCACAAGCGAGAGGGAGCUAAGCUGGAACCAGAAUUUGUAUGGUCAGUUGUGUCCGCUAUGGCUGGAGUCUUACAGAACUGCCACCCUUCACUGGGCAUCAAUCCGGACAACAUUUAUAGUCACCACAAUGGCAUCGUGACGAUUGACAUGGAUCCACCAACCAACAAUAAGAUACCUCAAGACCUGGAAGAAACACCUGUAUAUGACUCCCCAGAAGUACUUCUCCAACAAGAUCCUGAUUCCAGGGCUCUCAGCUGGGUAAUUGGCUGCAUACUAUACGAAAUGUUGGCCAUGAAACCAGCAUACUAUGUAAGGUCAGACACCUCUUUGCUUGAAGUGAUGCAGAAUAUUAUUCAAGGGGAACAACCCCCUCCCCUGGGCUGUGGUGGAAAAUUUAAUAAACUAAUUACAUACUGCCUUUCACAAAGAGAAAGUAGGAUAUCUCUUGAAGGUAUCACAAAAAUUGCCAACAAGGGAUGUGAAUAAGGGCUUUUUAUGUUUUUUAUCUUUUUUAUAUCAACUUUUAAUGUAUAUAAUUGAAAAUCCUUUACGGUAUAUAUUAUUGUUAUUAUUAUAGAGAAAUACCAGAAAAGUAUCUCCUAUAACUGUUAUGAGCUGGAGACAUAUUUACAAAUCUCCGGUUACAGUCUUUAUCAAACCAUAUAGAUAAAGUACUAUUUGUUCUUGACUUUUAACUAGCGUUUUAAAAAAAUUUACAAUGAUAUGGUUUAAUAAAGUAUGAUGUUACUUGUAAUUUUUAACCCUGUGUAUGUCAAUGUUUACCAUCAAAUGAAUCCCAGCACGACUGUGCAUAGAAGUUUU